AUGUCGCCCUACCUACACGAAGCUGUUGCACACCGGAGCAAGCGUGUGCGCUUCUCCAACGAGCCUUCCUCGCCGUCAGCGUCGUCCGAGUCCGCUCUUGCCUCUACGAAUGCCGCCGAUGAAUGCACUACCAACCCAAGCGACCUUGGAACAUCAGAUAGCGAUAGCGAGUUAUCUGAGUCGAGCGAGGAGCCCAGUAGCGACGAAAGCUCUAGUGAAGAGGAAGACGAUGAAGACACCGAGAUGGAGGAACAGGAGGGGCAGGAUGGCGUUGUAAACCUACGUGCGAAUAGAGGCAAGAAGCCAGUAAUGAGACUGGGGAAUGAGGAUCUAGGGCCAGACAUUCGCGACUUCCUAAAAGAUUUCCUGCCACAGCUCAAGGCAGCGAAUGAGGAGUUGGAGGCACAGAAGAAGGCAGGCACGCUAAAGAGUCUAGAUGCCGGACUAGAGGAAGAGGGCGAGCCGUAUAUUGAGAUGAAUCUCGGUCUCGGCGUACUAGAAGAAAAAGACCCCAAUGCGAACAGCGAUUCAGAUAGCGCGAGCGAUACAGAAGACGGCGACGACACGGAAAAAGACGUAAUGAGCAAGCUAUUGGGCCGUGAGAAGAAGAAGCAAGAUCCUGCGGCUAUCGAGGUGGUUCGGGACACGACUUUAUAA